UCGUAAAUCUUUGCAUAAUGUUUCCCACUAGUUUUGUCAAGAAGACAGACGUAGAAGCACCUGAGGUUCGGCACGAAGUUGCUCAUGGAAAACUACCAUAUGACUUCUCAAAACCAGUUGUGAGAACAGGGAUUCCUGCUAGGACUUAUCCAUUUACGUUGGAUCCCUUUCAAGAAAAAGCCAUUGCAUGUAUUGAAAGAUUGGAAUCGGUCUUGGUUAGUGCACACACUUCCGCCGGUAAGACGGUGGUUGCAGAAUAUGCUAUUGCUCAGAGUUUAAAAAACAAGCAGAGAGUCAUUUACACAAGUCCAAUAAAGGCUUUGAGUAACCAAAAAUACAGAGAAUUACAACAUGAAUUUAAAGAUGUCGGUUUGAUGACUGGAGACGUGACUCUUAAUCCAAGUUCUAGUUGUUUAGUGAUGACCACUGAGAUUUUACGCAGCAUGGUGUAUCGAGGAAAUGAGAUACUACGGGAGGUGGCUUGGGUGAUUUUUGACGAGAUUCAUUAUAUGCGUGAUAAAGUACGAGGAGUUGUGUGGGAGGAAACAAUUAUUUUGUUACCUCAUAAUGUACAUCUUGUUUUCUUGUCAGCCACAAUUCCAAAUGCUCUUGAAUUUGCCGAAUGGAUAUGUGAUAUACAUCAACAGGUUUGUCAUGUCGUGUAUACAGAUUAUCGACCAACUCCUUUACAACAUUAUGUGUUCCCGGAUGGUGCAGAGGGAAUAUAUCUGGUUGUUGAUGAGAACGGUCGAUUUCGCGAGGAUAAUUUUCAACAAGCAGUUGCCGUUUUAGAACAACCCCCGGAUUCUUUCCAGCCUUCUGCGCAUAUAACCAAAAAAGAUGAAGAAAAAGAACUAAUAAAGAAAGUCGUUGAUAAUGCCAUCGAGUUGUUGUCAGAGGUGGACCGUGACUUACCAUGGUUUCAGAAUUUACUACCGCUUUUACGGCGUGGAAUUGGUGUACACCAUUCUGGUUUAAUACCCUUUAUGAAGGAAAUAGUUGAACUUCUAUUCCAAGAGGGAUUGAUAAAGGUUCUAUUCGCCACUGAAACAUUUUCUAUGGGAUUAAAUAUGCCAGCAAAAACAGUAGUGUUUUGUGAAUUAUCUAAAUUCGAUGGAACAAAAUCAAGAAGUAUAACAUCUGGUGAGUAUAUUCAGAUGUCUGGCCGCGCUGGUAGGAGAGGCCUUGAUACGCGUGGAUUCGUGAUUAUGAACGUAGAUAGGAAAAUUACGCCUAAGGAUCUACAAGAAAUAUUUAAGGGCGAAGCUGACCAUAUGUCAUCUGCAUUUCACUUAAAAUAUCAUAUGAUUCUUAACAUUUCAAGGAUCGAAGGUAUUAGCCCUGAGUAUAUGUUGGAGCAUAGUUUUUAUCAAUUUCAAAAUGCUGCACCUAUACCUCGCUUGAAAGAAGAAAUAUCAGAAUUGGAAAGAGAGUUCUCGAUGAUCGAAAUUCCUCAAGAGGAAUCGGUCUCUCAAUAUCACAACUUACGUCUGCUUCUAGAUGAAUUUGAGAAGGAGGUUCGAGACAUAAUCUUUAAACCAGGGCAUUGCUUGACUUAUAUAAAUAGAGGCAGAGUGGUGAAGGUUAAAUUCAAUGGUAUGGAUUUCGGAUGGGGUGUCGUAGUACGUUAUGACGAACUAGCACGACAAGAACAUUUUGAUAAUAAUGCUAUCACAUCUAGAAUACGAACACACUCUAACCCAGGAGAAAUUACAUAUAAAAUUAAAGUAUUAGUCAAAGUAACUAGGGAUUCGUUUACUUCUUAUGAUGGAGUGGAUUUUAAUGUGAGGCCAUGCUCACCAGACGGACAAGGAGUUUGUAUGAUCAUUCCAGUAGGUCUUGACGAUCUACAGGUAUUAAGUCAAUUUCGAUUUAAGGCAAAUGUCGAUGAUUUAGAAUAUGAUAUUGUACAAAGAAACGCCGUAUAUAAAAGUGUUUUGAAGCUUAUCUCUGAAGUUCCUGAUGGCCAUCCAAUGGAUCCUCGAGAACACCUUAAUAUCAAAGAUGAAAGACUUUACAGUCUUUUGCAAAAACUGGAAGUAAUAAAAUCACAGCUCAGUUGUAAUCCAACCACAAAUGUACCUGAAGUUUAUGAGAGUUAUCUGAACAAGCUGAGAAUUAGAGAUAGAAUUCAAGCGAUUCAAAAACAAAUCCGAGAAUCUGAGUUAAUACUUCAUCUUGAUGAGCUUAAAAAGCGAAAACGCCUACUUCGUCGGUUGGGAUAUUUGUCUUCAAACGAUGUAGUUGAAUUCAAGGGUCGAGUUGCAUGUGAACUUACUUCUGGUGAUGAACUGGUUUUGACGGAACUGCUAUUAAAUGGUGUAUUUAAUGAAUUGUCUGUUUCAAUGAUUGCCGCUGUGUUAAGUUGCUUUGUGUGUGACGAAGCACCAUCAGAACCAACAGGUGCUCUUCCGCAAGAAUACAAUGUAUUGUUCCGUAAGGUUCAGGAAACUGUAAAAAUUAUAGCUGAUGUAACUGGAGAAUGUAAUAUUCCCAUUGAUAAAGAUGCGUAUCUACAAAGCUUUUCACCAGCAUUAAUGGAGGGUGUAUAUCACUGGUGCAAUAAUGCAACAUUCAAAGAAACUUGCGCGCGCAUAAACAUGUUUGAAGGUAAUAUUGUUCGAAAUUUUAGAAGUUUAGACGAACUAAUGCGCGCGAUGAUUUCAGCGGCAAAGAUCAUUGGAGCAAGUGAAUUGGAGUCCAAAUUUUCUGAAGCACGUGAAAAACUCAGGAGGGGGAUAAUAUUUACGGCAUCAUUAUACCUUUAG